GGAAAAAGGUUUGCCGUGAUGAAUUACUAGCUUACCACUUCUUCUGGAGAGUAGAAACUCUCAUUCACCCAGCGAAUCAGUGGCUGUGAAACGCGAACGGACCAAUAGAAUGUCUUGGUUUUGGUUGAGCUUUCAAAGUCCAAACUGAAUAGCUUCUUCCAACCAAUUUCAAAGCUUUUUAUUUCUGUGGAUCUUGAUGGCUCUGAAUCUUCCUUAUUCACUCUCUCGCUUGCGUCCUUCCCAUCAAAACCCAAAACCCAUUUCGAAAUUCCUUCCCCUUCGGUGCUCCGUGGACCCCAUUAAGAAAGCCACUCUAAGAACUUGCAAAAACUGCAAAACCCAGUUCGACCCUUCUCUCAAUCACCCCCGGGCUUGUCGCUUCCACACUGCUCAUUUCGGGGGAGAGACGAAAAGGAAGUUUGAGAGCGUGCACACUGGGGGAACUAUGGAUACCCCCGACUCUGGCCGAGUUUUCCAAUAUUGGCAUUGUUGUGGUUCUGAAGAUCCCUUUGACCCUGGAUGCACCGCUGCUCCUCACUCCUCCUAUGAUGACUGACGCCUUUCAUGAUCUUCCCCGACGAAUGCACGAUUCACUUCUUCACUAAAGAUGAGUGGUUGGUUAUAUCCUCCGGAAAAGGUGGUCUUUUCUAGUAUAUAUUGUUCUGGAUUCAUUGGAAACAUUUAUGAGGGGCAUGGAUGUAAAGGAUUGAAUAAUAGAACGAUAACAACUCUGAAUUGUUAUAUAAUAACAGUAGUGCAUGAUAAUAUACGUAUAUUUUAACCACUAGUUGUAGGCUGAAAGGAUUUAUGGGGACAACAGUGGCAUAAGAUACCAAGCCAAAUUGAAAUUGAAGU